AUGGGUGAGUUGGGCUUAGGCAGAGAGGCUCUUGCAACCAUUUGCAAAAUUUUAAAUAUGCCACCCCCAGUAAGUGAUAGUGCUUAUCAAAAACAUAAUCGCUCGGUGAACUUAGCAACACGAAAAGUUUUGGAAGAAAGGUUGAACGAUGCCGGCCAUCGAGUACGCACAUUCCUGCAGAAGGAUGAUGCAGAAAUUCUUGAUGUUGCCGUGUCAUUUGAUGGUACAUGGAGCAAAAGGGGCUUCACGGCCAACUAUGGAGUUGGAAUUGUCAUUUCUGCUGAUACUGGGGAGGUCUUGGACUAUGUUGUUUUAUCAAAGGUCUGUGAACUUUGCAAAGCUACAGAGAAACACAAAAGCAAUCCCGAGAAAUACCAAGAGUGGAAAGAUGCUCAUGCGGCCAGUGGACUAUGCCAAAAGAAUUAUAAUGGUUCUAGUCCUGCUAUGGAAAAAGAAGCAGCCAGAAUUUUGUGGAGUAGAUCUGUUGACAAGCACAAGUUCCGGCAUAUUGAUAUGGUAUGUGAUGGUGAUAGCAAGGCAUAUGGAGAAGUGUGGGAUAUAUAUGGGGUUUGUGAUGAUUGUGAGAAAUAUGAAAAUAUGGACAAACAGUCAGCAGAGUACCAAAAGUGGUUGAAAUCGAAAGCACAUGCUACUUGGGAGAGAGAACAUAGCACAAGCAAUGAAAAUUGCCAUCGGGUUAGCAAGCUUGAUUGUGUCGGACAUGUGCAGAAGCGUAUGGGCAAAAACCUGAUAGCUCUGUCUGGAAAGUCAAAGCUCGCAGAUGGUAAACCGGUGGGAGGAAGAGCAGGAAGACUCACCAGGCCUAUGAUUGACAAACUGCAGAAAUAUUAUGGCAAUGCCAUUAGACGGUGCGUGGACAAAAAAGCGAAAAGUAAACAAGAAGUGGAGGAUGCAGUAAAGAGAAUGCAAUGUGCGUUAUACGUUACCAUAGCAACCAUGGUGAAUGACAAAAAAAUGGGUAAUAGGAGCAUAGUUCAAUAUCCUAGCUACCAUCAUGUGCAAUUUCACUUGAAUACACAACAUAUUGAAAGAGAUUUUAUGGGGGGGCAAAGUGGCCAUUAG